UACCAUUGGAUGAUUACGGGUGAUCCCAUUAGAUGUGGGGUGAAGAAGGCCCUGAAUGGGUAAUACGAUUAAUCCUUGUUGGAGAGAGGACCAGAGGAGGUGAAAGAGUGAUACCUUGGACUGCGUGGAGGGGAAAUCACCAGUCUGUGGAGAGGCUCAGCUCCUAGAACUCCGGACAAACAACUACCAGCUUUCAGAUGAACUACGCAAGAAUGGUGUUGAACUUACCAGUCUUCGACAGAAGGUCGCCUACCUGGAUAAGGAGUUCAACAAAGCUCAGAAGGCACUGAGCAAGAGCAAGAAAGCUCAGACCUGGCCCACAUCUGCCACUGCAGGAAGUCGAGGGGCUGCUGAGUGAAAAUGAGAUGCUGCAGGCAAAGCUGCACAGCCAGGAGGAGGACUUCCGUUUGCAGAACAGCACGCUUAUGGCCGAGUUCAGCAAGCUCUGUAGCCAGAUGGAACAGCUGGAGCGGGAGAACCAGCAACUGAAGGAUGGGGCUGCCAGGGCAGGGGCUGCCCAAGCCGGGAGCCUUGUGGAUGGGGAGCUGCUGAGACUGCAGGCAGAGAACACAGCCUUGCAGAAGAACGUGGCAGCCCUGCAGGAGCGCUACGGGAAAGAGGCUGGGAGGUCCCCAGCUGCCAGUGAGGAUCAAGGGGAUCCCUUGGGGGGCCCAGCUUCCCCUGUCCUGGCCCCCAUGCCAUUGGCAGAAGUGGAGCUGAAAUGGGAAAUGGAGAAGGAGGAAAAGAGACUGCUCUGGGAGCAACUGCAAGGCUUGGAGACCUUGAAGCAGGCUGAAACAUCCAGGCUGCAGGAAGAACUUGCUAAGCUUGCCGAGAAACUGAAAAAGAAACAAGAAAGUUUUUGCCGUCUGCAGACAGAAAAGGAGACGCUAUUCAAUGACAGCCGGAACAAGAUUGAGGAGUUACAACAGCGGAAGGAAGCUGAUCUCAAAGCCCAGUUGGCUCGAACUCAGAAGCUGCAGCAGGAACUUGAGGCUGCCAAUCAGAGCUUGGCAGAGCUGAGAGAUCAGCGGCAGGGGGAGCUCCUGGAGCAUGCGGCAGCUCUGCGAGCCCUACAAGAUCAGGUGUCCAUCCAGAGUGCAGAUGCGCAGGAACAAGUGGAAGGACUUUUGGCUGAGAACAAUGCCUUGAGGACUAGCCUGGCUGCCCUGGAGCAGAUCCAAACAGCAAAGACCCAAGAACUGAAUACGCUCCGGGAACAGACUGCUGGGCUGACAGCUGAGUUGCAGCAGCGGCAGACUGAGUAUGAGGACCUCAUGGGACAGAAAGAUGACCUCAACUCCCAGCUCCAGGAGUCAUUGCGAGCCAAUAGUCGGCUGCUGGAACAACUUCAGGAGCUCGGGCAGGAGAAGGAGCAAUUGACCCAGGAACUACAGGAAGCUCGUAAGAGUGCUGAGAAGCGGAAGGCCAUGCUGGAUGAGCUAGCCAUGGAGACGCUGCAGGAGAAGUCCCAGCACAAGGAGGAGCUGGGAGCAGUCCGACUACGGCACGAGAAGGAAGUGCUGGGGGUGCGCGCCCGCUACGAGCGUGAGCUCCGUGAGCUACAUGAAGACAAGAAGCGGCAGGAGGAGGAGCUGCGCGGGCAGAUCCGCGAGGAGAAGGCCCGAACGCGGGAGCUGGAGACUCUCCAGCAGACAGUGGAAGAACUUCAAGCUCAGGUACACUCCAUGGAUGGAGCCAAGGGCUGGUUUGAACGGCGCUUGAAGGAGGCUGAGGAAUCUCUGCAGCAGCAGCAGCAGGAACAAGAGGAAGCCCUCAAGCAGUGUCGGGAGCAGCACGCCGGCGAGCUGAAGAGCAAGGAAGAGGAGCUGCAGGGUGUGCGGGAUCAGCUCCAACAGGCCCAGGAGGAGCGGGACUGCCACCUGAAGACCAUCAGCAGCCUGAAGCAGGAGGUGAAGGACACGGUGGAUGGGCAGCGAAUCCUGGAGAAGAAGGGCAGUGCUGCGCUCAAGGACCUCAAACGGCAGCUGCACCUGGAGCGGAAACGGGCGGAUAAACUGCAGGAGCGGUUGCAGGACAUCCUCACCAAUAGCAAGAGCCGCUCAGGGCUCGAGGAGCUGGUUCUAUCAGAGAUGAAUUCACCAAGCCGGACCCAGACUGGGGACAGCAGUAGCAUCUCCUCCUUCAGCUACCGCGAGAUCUUGCGGGAGAAGGAGAGCUCGACUGUUCCAGCCAGGUCCUUAUCCAGCAGCCCUCAGGCCCAGCCCCCGCGGCCAGCAGAGCUGUCAGAUGAGGAAGUGGCUGAGCUCUUUCAGCGCCUGGCAGAGACGCAGCAGGAGAAGUGGAUGCUGGAGGAGAAGGUGAAGCACCUGGAGGUGAGCAGUGCGUCCAUGGCAGAGGACCUCUGCCGGAAGAGCGCCAUCAUCGAGACCUAUGUCAUGGACAGCCGGAUUGAUGUGUCUGUGGCAGCAGGCCACACAGACCGUAGUGGGCUGGGCAGCGUCCUGAGAGACCUAGUGAAGCCAGGCGACGAGAACCUUCGGGAGAUGAACAAGAAGUUACAGAACAUGCUGGAGGAACAGCUCACCAAGAAUAUGCACUUGCACAAGGACAUGGAAGUUCUGUCCCAGGAAAUUGUGCGGCUCAGCAAGGAGUGCGUGGGGUCCCCCGACCCAGACCUAGAGCCGGGAGAAGCCAGCUAAAGACCUGCAGGCUGCACCCACUCCCUCCCUUCCCCACCCGCCAUUCCCUUGGGCUGUGGUGGGAAAAUGGGGGCCAGCGCCAAAAUCAGAUAGGUUGGGAGACUGGACAUUAAAGGGGUUGGAGGCCUGGUGGCUGGCGUUAGUGACCCUGUCUUAGGGCCGAGGCCCCUGGGGAGUGGGGAAUCCUGAGGGGAGGGGCAGGGAUUCUCCUCCUUCUUGGCCCUGGCUCCCAGGGGCCUUUGCCUUCAUCUCUGCAUGAGCUCUCCCUCCCAGAGACCAACUCUUUUUUAAUUUUAUUUUAUUUUUUAAUUUAUGUCUGGAAGCCUGGCUACUCUGCAUUUGGGAUUGGGGAUGCUGGGUGGGGCACGGUCCAUGUUCAGCGUUCUAGCAACAUGUGUGUGUGUGUGUAAAAGCUGUGCAGCCAAAAUACCAUCUGGCCAGACUGGCCCACCCAC